AUUUUCUUGCGCUCACGGUGCUGUUGAGCUGCUACGGUUCCGGCUCCGGUCCGUUUUGUGGGCUUUUAUCGACUCUGAUUAUUGUUUUAGGGGAGAAAGGGACGGUUGCAGCGAUAGAAAAGGAGGGGGCGUGGCCUUUGGGUUAAGAAACUCUAUCCAUUGUUACUCUACGCGCUAGGAGAACACCUCUGCCGAGCCCCUGGCCAAUCAGAGACCACCGACCUCAUGAAGACCCCGCCUACAAGCCUAUAUUAAAGGCUCGGCCGUCAGAAGCGUUGGCCACUGGCACAAUAUAAUACUGAUUGAUCCGCUAACCGAGACGAGGGGAUUUACUUUAUUCAACCUUUCAUUUCAGCCGUCCUUUAUUUUAUUCUACUAAACAAUGGCAGACACACAGGUCGACUCCGGCUCGGAUAUCUCUGCCAAGGACCUGAAAGAGAAGAAGCUGGUGGAGGAGAAGGAGAACGGCAAAGACGCCGCCACCAAUGGGAAGGAGAAUGAGGAGAACGGCGAGCCUGAGGUAGAUGACGAGGAGGACGAGGAGGUGGACGAGGAAGAAGAGGAAGAUGAUGGAGAAGGUGAUGAGGAAGACGAGGAGGAGGACGACGACGAGAUUGAGGGUGGCACAAAACGGGCAGCUGAGGAUGACGAGGACGACGACGAGGUGAGGCGCUUAAAACGCCCUUAAAUCGAGCGUCGCCGUGACACCCAGCAGGC